AUGCUGCAUCUCUGCAUGCCAUUGGCGAAACUCCCGGAUGUGAGCGGAUUGUACAAAGUGGUGAUGGAUUACUGCGAGGGAAUCGACGAGAACUCGAUGGUUCCCGAGCAUUUGCCGCUUCUAAUCGAAUUCUUAACGUCCUGCCGACUGUCUCUGCAGCUCCAUCAAAUCUAUGAAAGUCGGUCGAUGGAUCCGAAAAGUGGAAACCAGCAAAUUCUCUAUUAUAACAAUUUCGUCCAGACGGAAAGUCCUGCAACCGACUCCCUCCCAGCCAAAUCAACCGACGCAUCCGUAAAGAAUUCGCCGUCGAUCCUGAUCUCUCCGUCUUCCUGCAGUACGAUCUGCACGUGCGUCGAAACGGUCUAUGUUCUGGCCACAUGUCUAUUCUACCAAUCCAUUCCGCCGCCUUCCUUCCUUUCCUUCUUUCUCACCUCCUGCAAUCAGCCCGUUUCCCAGACGUCCCUCGACCAAAUCACCGAUUGCUUCGCGCGGUUCACGCGUCGACUCGAUCUCUCGCUCGUCAGCGUUCUCGAGCAGCACUGCAACGCCAGCGACGCCAUGCUCACCUUCUCUCUCCUCGACUUUACUCUCAGCGAAGACGACAAAGCGCGCCAUUACGGACUCAAUUCCUUCUCUCGUCUCGAUAUCCGGCUUCGUCUCUUCUUCCUUCAAUACUUCAACGCACAGCUCCAACGCAUCGUUCAUUUAGUCGACCUCGGUCUGCCCCGCGACAGCGGAAUCAUUACACUUGGCCGCAUCCUCGCAGGCCUCACCGGCUAUAUCUUCGCCCCCGUCAAAGAGCACGUGCUCGCUCUCACCAUUUCGCAGACAGUUUAUCACGGAAAGGACUGCUAUCCCGUCGUCGAGCUCGAUAAUCGCCGCGUAUUCACUGCCAUGGAGCGCGACGCGCUGCCGUCACGUGGCAGCGACACAGAAACACAACACGCUCUGAGUUCGCAAUGCACUUUCGCGCAGCUCUUCCGCGAAACGCGCGAUAUCCCCGUGGAAGUGCUUCGUGCGCCGCUCGAUGGCCGUGAACGCUUGCUGGCAGUGAAGCUGAAGGGAGAGCAAGGACUGGACUGGGACGGAAUCUACCGCGACACGAUCGAGCGGUGCAUCGACGAUCUGUUUUCGGACCGAAUCGAUCUGUUUCUGGCGUGUCAGAACGCGCGCGAGCCGAACAGUCCAGGCGAAAUGAAAUAUCUACCGAACCCAAAAUACCGCGAGAGCAGCGACGCGCUCGCGAUGUACAGCUUUGUGGGGAAUCUGAUCGGGAUCGCGCUGCGGACGAAGCAGCGAAUGGCGUUCGAACUGUGCAGCGCGGUGUGGAAAACGAUCGUGGGAGACGUGGUGACGAUCGACGAUGUGGAUAGUGUCGAUCACGCGUUCGUUUCCACGCUUCGCCAAGUCAACGAAUUCACGCAGACCGACGACUCCGAAGACUUCCAAGAGCUCUUCGUGCUGACUUUCUCCGUUCUCGAUUCCGCAGGAAACGAGGUCGAGUUGAUGCCGAGCGGAUCGCAGGUGCCGGUACCGUAUUCGAACCGAUCGAAGUUCUAUCAGCUCGCGUUGGAAUCGCGACUCACCGAAGGGAAACAAGCCGCCGAAGCGAUCGCUGCGGGCGUGUAUGCGUUGGUUCCGCAGCGAGCGCUGUCGCUAUUCACGUGGGAGCAGUUAGAACGUGCGGUGAAGGGAGAGCCGGAGAUCUCGAUCGAUGCGCUGAAGCUUCACACGGUGUAUAUUGGGUGGACGGAGCGGCAUGAAGUGGUGCAGCGGUUCUGGAGGGUCAUGCGAGGGCUGAGCAAUAAGGAUCGAAGUCUUUUCUUGCGGUUUACGUGGAGUCGGUCGCGGUUACCGAAGAGUGACGACUGGUCGAAGCCGUUUAAGCUGUGUUAUAAAGAUGCGACGGAUGAGAUGCUGCCCGUGGCGCAUACGUGCUUUUUUCAAUUGGAGUUGCCGCAGUAUUCGAGUGAUGCUAUUAUGAGAGAGAGGCUGCUCGUGACAAUCCAUUUCGGAGCAGGAGAGUUCAUGUUACGAUAG